GGCGGCGCCGGCGGAGCCCAGCGCCGCGACCGGCUGCGCAACAGGUUCUCCGGGGACGAGGCCGGCGGGCCGGCGGCGCAGCAGACUCCCGGCGCCCGCCUGUCCGCCCGCCCGCUGCGGGCCGAGGGCCGCGGGGCCGGCCGUGACGCGGCAGGCGCGGCGGGGCGCCAGAUGGCUGACAGCUAGCAAGCAAAAUUCAGGACCAUGAUGGCUCAGUUUCCUACAGCUAUGAAUGGAGGGCCAAACAUGUGGGCUAUUACCUCCGAAGAACGAACUAAGCAUGACAAACAAUUUGAUCACCUCAAGCCUUCGGGAGGUUACAUAACAGGUGAUCAAGCACGUACUUUUUUCUUACAAUCAGGACUGCCAGCUCCUGUUUUAGCUGAAAUUUGGGCCUUAUCAGACCUGAAUAAGGAUGGGAAGAUGGAUCAGCAGGAGUUCUCUAUAGCUAUGAAACUCAUCAAACUAAAGCUUCAAGGCCAGCAGUUGCCUGUGGUUCUCCCUCCUAUUAUGAAACAACCCCCUAUGUUCUCUCCAUUAAUUUCUGCUCGUUUUGGGAUGGGAAGCAUGCCCAAUCUGUCCAUUCCUCAGUCACUGCCUCCAGUCGCACCCAUAACAGCACCCUUGUCCUCUGCAACUUCAGGGACCAGUCUUCCUCCCCUAAUAAUGCAAGCUCCCCUAGUGCCUUCUGUUAGUACGUCGUCACUACCAAAUGGAACCGCCAGUCUCAUUCAGCCUUUGUCCAUUCCUUACUCUUCUUCAACAUUGCCUCAUACAUCAUCCUUCGGUCUGGUGAUGGGAGGAUUUGGUGGUGCUAGCAUACAGAAGGCGCAGUCUUUGAUUGAUUUAGGAUCCAGUAGCUCAACUUCCUCAACUGCUUCACUCUCAGGGAACUCGCCCAAGACUGGCACCUCAGAGUGGGCAGUUCCUCAGCCCUCAAGAUUAAAAUAUCGGCAAAAAUUUAAUAGUCUUGACAAAAGCAUGAGUGGAUACCUCUCAGGUUUUCAAGCCAGAAAUGCCCUUCUUCAGUCAAAUCUUUCUCAAACUCAGCUAGCUACUAUCUGGACCCUGGCGGACAUCGACGGGGAUGGACAGCUGAAAGCCGAGGAGUUCAUCCUUGCCAUGCACCUCACCGACAUGGCCAGAGCAGGGCAGCCGCUGCCACUCACUCUGCCCCCUGAGCUCGUCCCGCCCUCCUUCAGAGGAGGAAAGCAAACUGAUUCAAUUAAUGGAACUCAGCCUUCAUAUCAAAAGACACAAGAAGAGGAACCUCAGAAGAAAUUACCAGUGACCUUUGAGGACAAGCGGAAAGCCAACUACGAGCGGGGGAACGCGGAGCUGGAGAAGCGGCGCCAAGCCUUGAUGGAGCAGCAGCAGAGGGAGGCGGAGCGGAAAGCCCAGAAGGAGAAGGAGGAGUGGGAGCGCAGGCAGAGAGAGCUGCAGGAGCAGGAGUGGAAGAAGCAGCUGGAGCUGGAGAAGCGCUUGGAGAAGCAGAGGGAGCUGGAGCGGCAGCGCGAGGAGGAGCGGAGAAAGGAGCUGGAGCGCCGAGAGGCAGCAAAACAGGAACUUGAACGACAGCGUCGUUUAGAAUGGGAGAGAAUUCGUCGGCAGGAGCUUCUCAAUCAGAAAAAUCGAGAGCAAGAAGAAAUUGUCAGGUUAAACUCUAAGAAGAAGAGUCUUCACCUGGAGUUGGAAGCACUGAAUGGCAAGCACCAGCAGAUCUCAGGCAGGCUGCAAGAUGUCCGACUCAGGAAGCAAACACAAAAGACUGAGCUAGAAGUUCUAGAUAAGCAGUGUGACCUGGAAAUUAUGGAAAUCAAGCAACUUCAGCAAGAACUUCAGGAAUAUCAAAAUAAGCUUAUUUAUUUGGUACCUGAGAAGCAGUUAUUGAAUGAAAGAAUUAAAAACAUGCAGCUAAAUAACACACCUGAUUCAGGGAUCAGUUUACUUCAGAAGAAAUCAGUAGAAAAGGAAGAAUUAUGCCAAAGACUUAAAGAACAGUUAGAUGCUCUUGAAAAAGAAACUGCAUCUAAGCUGUCAGAAAUGGAUUCGUUUAACAAUCAGCUGAAGUGUGGGAAUAUGGAUGACUCUGUUCUUCAGUGCCUUUUGUCUCUGCUAAGCUGUCUCAACAACCUCUUCCUCUUACUUAAGGAACUGAGAGAAAGCUACAAUACACAGCAACGAGCUCUUGAACAACUUUAUAAGAUCAAACAUGACAAGCUGAAGGAAAUUGAAAGAAAAAGAUUAGAACUAAUCCAGAAAAAGAAACUAGAAGAUGAGGCUACAAGGAAAGCAAAGCAAGAGAAAGAAAACUUAUGGAAAGAAAGUCUUAGAAAGGAGGAAGAAGAGAAACAAAAGCGACUUCAGGAAGAAAAAGCACAAGAAAAAAUUCAGGAAGAGGACCGGAAAGCUGAAGAGAAGCAGGGUGAGACGGCUCCUGCUUUGGUGAGUUAUAGAGCGUUAUACUCCUUUGAAGCAAGAAACCAUGAUGAGAUGAGUUUCAGUUCUGGAGAUAUAAUUCAGGUGGAUGAAAAAAUCAUAGGAGAGCCUGACUGGCUUUAUGGCAGUUUUCAAGGAAAAUUUGGCUGGUUUCCAGGCAACUAUGUAGAAAAGAUACCACCUGGUGAAAAAGCCGCGUCCCCUAAGAAGGCCUUACUUCCUCCUGCAGUGUCUUUGUCUGCUACCUCAACUUCUUCUGAACCACUUUCUUCAAAGCAACCAGCAUCAGUGACUGAUUAUCAAAAUGUGUCUUUUUCAAACCUAACUGUUAAUACAUCAUGGCAGAAAAAGUCAGCUUUCACUCGCACUGUGUCCCCUGGGUCCGUGUCACCUAUUCAUGGACAGGGGCAGGUUGUAGAAAACUUGAAAGCACAGGCCCUUUGUUCCUGGACUGCAAAGAAAGAGAACCACUUGAACUUCUCAAAGCACGACAUCAUUACCGUCCUAGAGCAGCAAGAGAACUGGUGGUUUGGGGAGGUCCACGGAGGGAGAGGAUGGUUCCCGAAAUCGUACGUCAAGAUCAUUCCUGGGAGUGAAGCCAAGCGCUCUGGAGAACCAGAAGCUUUGUAUGCACCUAUAAAUAAGAAACCUGCCUCCACAGCCCAUCCAGUCGGAGAAGAAUAUAUUGCACUUUAUUCAUAUUCAAGUGUAGAACCAGGAGAUUUGACUUUCACAGAAGGUGAAGAAAUAUUGGUGACACAGAAAGAUGGAGAAUGGUGGACAGGAAAUAUUGGAGACAGGACUGGAAUUUUCCCGUCAAACUAUGUCAAACCGAAAGAUCAAGAGAAUUUGGGGAAUGCUAACAAAUCUGGAGCAUCAAACAAAAAACCUGAAAUUGCUCAAGUAACCUCAGCGUAUGUUGCUUCUGGUGCUGAACAGCUCAGCCUUGCACCAGGACAGUUAAUACUGAUCUUAAAGAAAAAUACAAGUGGAUGGUGGCAAGGGGAGCUUCAGGCCAGAGGAAGAAAACGCCAGAAGGGAUGGUUCCCUGCCAGCCACGUUAAGCUCUUGGGUCCAAGUAGUGAAAGAGCCACCCCUGCCUUUCAUGCUGUGUGUCAGGUGAUCGCUAUGUAUGAUUAUGUAGCCAAUAAUGAGGAUGAGCUCAAUUUCUCCAAGGGACAAUUGAUUAACGUUAUGAACAAAGACGACCCUGACUGGUGGCAAGGAGAAAUCAACGGAGUAACUGGGCUUUUUCCUUCGAACUACGUGAAGAUGACCACAGACUCAGAUCCAAGUCAACAGUGACCCACUGUUGUCUUCCAGUUGUGAAAGCACCCCAGAGACCCACUAUCCAAGUUUGACUCUAGCCUGGAGGCAGGGCAGGUAGCCCUGAUCAAAUAUCUCCUACACAAUUCCUUACUUCGAUUGAAUGUUAGAACCACUUGUGAUUAUUUCUUUGUGUUUCUAAUUGACAGUUAAAUUUUAUUUGUAACCAGUUCAAGGAUAGUGGGUCUUUGUGUGGCUUUCCCUUCUGUUCACUCUGGCAUCUUUUAACAUUUUUCUUCUUUUUUAAUUUGGUAAUUGUAGGUCAUUAGCAUGCUUAUUGAGUUUGCCCUUGCACGGUGGGAGUUCAAACACACAAAGACCCACUAUUUGCACAAACUGUUCUCUCUGAUUCGGAAUGGGCUGCUUUUCUCAUGUGACUGCAACAUGUAUGUUCCUUACAGAACUAAGAUGAAGUUUGCUUAUGUUCUGCUGUUGUGUUUGAUCUAACCCUAAUCACGCGAGCUCUUAAUUGGCUCAAUCUGCAGUUUGCCCUUAAGUACGUGCUGUUUUCUCUGUUACUUUCUAACCUGCCAAUGUUUAGAUUUGUUUAAACGCCAAGAACUAGAUGUAACUUUUUCUCUAUUUUCUGUGUAAUCGGAGUGGAGCAGUAACAUCUGUGGGGCACUUUCCUUUUCUUGUGGAAGAGAGAGGUGGCCUGCUGUCGCAGGGGUGUGCAGAAUGGGAUGUGUUGAGUCUGUUUAAAUUGCCCAAGCAGGAGCGCUGUACUCCGGAAGUUCCUUUAGGGUCUUUAUGUUCUCUGGCUAAUGAAGAUCCUGCACCGUGUGCGGUAGCACGUGGCGUUGCUUCUGUAUUGAUAAACUAAAGAUACGAACGACUCUUCAGAAACGAAAGGUGCACAUCGGCUGCUGACAUGUGCCCUUCCCUACUUACAUCUGUUUACUGAACUCAGAGCUCGUGUUAUAGAUUUUAAUAGGUGACUUUGUGUCCCGGUACACCAAGGGACUCUGGUGGGCAUUCUCGGUGUCUUUAGUGAAGACCAUGAGGACUCUGUGAGGAGUUUCAAGUGCCCCUGAAGCAGGCUUUAGCUCAGGAGGACUCAGGAGUGAAGGCAGGAUGCGUGCAGCCUGCGUUUCUCCGCAUCCCUGCACUUCUCUGAGGCCAGGAGAUGGAUGUUACCACCCAGCUCUUGGCUCUUCAAUCACAUCGGCUGCUUGCACGCAGGGUUUUCUUUGUGUCGAAUGGCGAACUCUUUAGAAAUAACAGACAUUGUUAUAAACUAAUGUAUAUGAGAGUGCUUAGCUGAGACAAAGGGACUUUUAAUAGAUAGUAUUAAACCAUGUUUGAAAAUCAGUGACUUUAUGCAAUUUAAAAUGUUUACAAACUACAUUGCAAUCUACUGUUUGUGAUUAAGUAUUAUCAGGAAAAGUGUACAUACAAUCAGUCUUAUUUCUUCACCUGGUUCUUUAAAAAAGAAAAUAUGUUUUUAUAUCUCUCAGUUUAAGUUAAAAGCAUAUUUUGUGCAAUACUUAUGUUAAUGUGCCUAUGCAUUAUGAAUGGAUUAGUUCAGUCAUACAUUGCUUAAAUUAUAACUUUACAGAAUUUCAGAAAAAUUAGCGAUUUAGUUAAAACUUCAUGAAGUUCAAAUAUCUGUGUUCCAAAAUACUUUUCAUUAUUGGGUAUAGGGAGAGAUGUUUCUGUGCUCCCUGGGAUGGGGAUUUCCAGUUAUUAGAGCGCCUCCUCUUACAGCAUUUGGCAUUGCCACUGGACUUUUACAAACAGGACAGGAAUAGGAAAGCAAUAAUAAUACCCUGUUACAGGUGGAUAACAGAUUUGCCAGCAGUCGCUAAAAGAGACUGUGCAAAUAUUGAGUCCUUGUGAAUUCAAGUGACUUUUCCAAAUUCUGUGAUUACCUGGGCUCACCUCUUAUCUCCUGAACUUUCUGCUUUUGCAAUCUUACAAUUGAUUUCAAUUUAAGGGCAGUUACUUUAAAUAUUGUGGUUAGAAAUCAGACCACUGUUAGUUAACCACAUGAUUUGGUAUAACAUUAUUUUCCUUAUAAGUGUGAAUUUAUGCUUUCCUAAUACGCUGAUGAGUCAUUUUAAAGAUACUUCUGUAAUCCAAGUCCCUGCACGGUAACACUGACACGUGCGGAUGAUUAGGGAUGACGUUUGGCUUGAGCUCAGCACCUGUCAUCAGCCUGACAGUCGUGUUCAUCAGGUUUCCGUGGAUGAGUCACGUGCUGGCCGGGGUUUAAGCUGUUUAUUGUAUCAACUGAAAUACAACUCUUCCUGUAGGUGUUUUGCCACAUGCCUAGUGCAGGCUCUUUCAGCACAGAGAAAAUCACAAUAAGCAUCUUUUAAGAAAAAGCUAAAAGAAAAGGUGUACGACAUACACUGUUAGCCUGAGCCUUCGGCAGUGCAUGCAACCCUUUGCAAUACCUCAUUCCGCUGUGUAUUUGUUCUCUUAAUGUAAGGAUAGCUUUCAGUUUGCUUAGAAGAAAAGCGUUUACUAGAAAUAGAGAAUGUUUAAGUGAGAAUACAUCUAAAUACAUCUGAACACUGUAGGAAGAAUAAAAAUAUUUGCUUAUUUAAGGAUUGCAAUAUGUGAUAAUCAUUUGAUUAGACUUAAUGGGUUUUCCAGCAAUGAAAAAAAAUCAGCUCUAAAACAAAAGCUGAAUUUUUAAGAAAAUUUAAAUCAACUCUGUCCAUUGUAUAAUUUUCUCUAAAACCGUAAUUUAAAAAGUAAUUUUGUGGCCAGGCGGUGUUGCAGGCCUAUAAUCCCAGCACUCAGGCGGCUGACACAGGAGGAUCGCUGCAAGUUAGAGGCCAGCCUGGGCUGAAAAGUGAGUGUAAGGCCAGCAUCAAUUGCAUAGUGAGACCCUGCCUCAAAAAGGCCAAAAAAGGUAAUUUUGAAGUAAAAUUACAUAAAAUGCAAUUGCUACUUAAAUUCUUAAAACACAAUAUGAAUGCUAGUAGUUUAAAUGAAAUAAACUGGUAUCGGGGGUAAAGAAAGAAAUGCCAAGUCCAGUCCAAAGCUUAAUUGCCAAGUUUUCUUAGAAUGAAGUUUACCAAGUUACAAAUUCUUGUAAAUAAAAUCUAUGAUGCAAAUACUGAAAGACUUUUGCCUGAAGUGGCACACUAUUGGAUGCUGCUGUGAUGCUACUGUAAUGUAAUAAAUUAUUAAAUCGUUGCAAAGUGCUGUUUUUGCCUUAAAUUUUUAUUUUGUGUGUCUCGAAAACUAUAAUAUUAAAAGUAUUGAGAUUGUGCAGAUGCUGGGCACGCUUGGCAUGAAAUAAUGUUUUUAUUUUUAUGAAAUUGUAAUAUAACUAUGCAAGUAUGUUUAUUAAAAAGGACACAAACUACA